AUGUGGGAAGGGCGCGAGGGCCCGCCGCGACCCGUGUGCGCCCGAGGGCGCCCCAGUGCCGAGGCCGCGAGGGCCCGACGAGCCUCGCGCCGCCGCGAGGCCCGCGCGCCCGCGCGCGGCCGCGCGAGGGCGGGGGUCGAGCGUACCCCCGGCGCGGGCGCGCGCCCGCGCCCCCCGAGCGCGCCCGGCCGAGGGGGCCGGACCGAGACCGCGGGCCCGCGGGCCGAGACGCCGACCGAGAUGCGAGACCCCCUGUGGCCCGACGAGCGGCGCCGCGAGGGGGAGGCGCGGAAGACGAGAGGGCCCCCCUCCGGACGCGCGCGCACCACGCGCGGCAGACCCCCCCCGAGACCCGUGGCGCACGUGAGCGCCGCUCAGCCGACCGCGCCCUACCCUCGAGCGCACGGCGAGGUGCGGCGGCGGCGUCGACGGCCGGGCGAGGGAGGCGGGAAGGCGCGCGGAGCGAGGCGAUGGCGACGCGGGGGAGCCCACCCGGCCGACCCGCCGCGCUCCCGCGCCCGACGAGCGACGGAGGCCGCCGGCGCGAGCGAGACGACCCGAGCGCCCGGCGCGCCCCCGCCCGUCCCGCCACCCCGGCCGCGAGCCGCGAGGCGUGUGCCCGCCCCGGGCCGACGAGCCGCGGGACGAGCCCGAGGCCGAGGGGGGGGGGGCGCACCCGCACCCGCCGCGGCCGCCCCCGCCCCGACCCCCCUCGCGCCCGCGCGCGGCGAGGGCGCCCGGCGCGAGGGCGCCGCCCGCGGCGCGCCCCGCCCGGCCCGCCGUCGAGGCCGCGCGCGCCGCGCGCGGCGGCGCCCCGCGCCGCGGCGCGGUAAACAUAAUUAUGUGUUUGUCCGCGCUGUUUCCUGUUCCUCGCUUUCACAUAAGAUCCGAAUAUUAUUGGACAUGCCAGCUCAUCCUAAUUUGUUGCUCGAAUUCAUAAAAGCUCCUUCGUCCAAAAAAAUGUCCCCCUCCCCCGCCUCGGGAAACACAAAUCUGAGGCAUUCUAAAGAGUCCUGUUUUGACUACAGAUUCUCACAACAAUAG